GCUGCUGGAUGGAGAAAGUACUUGCUGGCAUUGGAUCAGGCAAAGGCUUUUGAUGGAGUGAAUCAUGAAUAUCUGUGGUUGCUGCUUGGUAGAUACGGCCUGCAGGGGAGAUUUCUAGAUCGGCUGAAGACAUUAUAUAGAGGGGCUGAGAGCUUCCCACUUGUUAAUGGUUGGGUUGGGCGGCCUUUGGAGGUCAGCUCUGGUGUGCGCCAGGGAUGUCCUUUGAGCCCCGUACUAUAUGCUUUCACAAUCAACCCCUUUGUAAGAAGGCUAGAGAGUGCAUCAUUGUGCGGGGGUGCCUCCAGGCAUUGCUGGUACUCAGCCUUUGAAGGUCGUGGCCUAUGCUGA